UUGACUUUUUAUAAAAAGAAAAAUGGCAGCGCCCUGUCAAGUGACGUGUAAUGUUAUUCUUUUCAUCGUUUUCAUAUUGUAAAAUAAUUAAUAAAUGUCAUGGAAUACUUUAAAAGUAGUAUAAAAUCAGUUCUUGGUGCUCCUCUGCCAGAAAAUGAGCCUUCUGGAGCAGAUACGGUGGAAAGAAUGGUUGAAAGACUUCAAUCAUCAACAUUAUUGGAUGAUAGAAGAGAUGCAUGUCGUGGCCUUAAAGCACUUUCGCGAAGUUAUCGACUAGAAGUUGGAGCACAAGGCAUGGAUGCAUUAAGACAAGUUUUAGAAAUGGAUAAAACUGACUGUGAAAUAACUGGUCUUGCUUUAGAAACACUUUGUAAUAUAACUCAUCCUGAAACAUUUGAUGAAGAAGUUGAAAAAUAUGGACCAAGAAAUAAAAUUGGAGAACAAUUUACAGAAAUAUUUAUUAAACAACAAGACAGUGUGGGUUUAAUAUUAAGUUUUCUUGAAGAAUUUGAUUUUAAAGUACGUUAUCCGGCAUUAAAAUUAUUAUCCCAUUUACUUAUAAAUAAACCAAAAAAUAUUCAAGAAAUAAUAUUGAUUAGUCCAAUGGGUGUUUCGAAAUUAAUGGAUUUACUCGCUGACAGUAGAGAAGUUAUUAGAAAUGACGUAUUAUUAAUAUUAAUACAAUUAACGAAGGGAAAUGCAAAUAUACAAAAAAUUGUUGCUUUUGAAAAUGCAUUUGAUCGAAUAUUUGACGUUAUUUAUCAAGAAGAAGGUGCUGAAGGUGGAAUUGUUGUUGAGGAUUGUUUAUUAUUAAUGUUAAAUCUCUUACGUGGAAAUUCGAGUAAUCAAAAUUUUUUUAAAGAAGGAAGUUAUAUUCAAAGAUUAAAACCAUUAUUUGAAAUGCCACCGGAAAUUGAUGAUAAUCCAUUGGCAAGUUGGAGUCCACAAAAAGUUUCAAAUCUUCAUUGUAUGGUUCAAGUUAUACGCGCUUUAGUUGCACCAAAUGGUCCAGCUCAAUCAGUGGCGGCUUGUCAACGAAAUAUGGAAGCAUGUAAAUUAUUGCAAGCACUUUGUGAUAUUUUAAUGUCAAGUGGAGUGCCAGCUGAUGUUUUAACCGAAUCAUUAUGUGCAGUCGCAGAAGUUAUUAGGGGAAAUCAAAUUAAUCAAGAAUUUCUCGCAAAUGUCAUGGCUCCCAGUUCACCUCCCAAACCAGCCAUAGUAGUACUUUUAAUGUCAAUGGUAAAUGAAAAACAACCAUUUUUAUUAAGAUGUGCCGUACUUUAUUGUUUUCAAUGUUUUCUCUAUAAAAAUGGACCGGGACAAGCUCAGCUCGUACAAACAUUUUUACCUCAAGGCAAUGAAACGCCAUCUUUAACAACAGGUCAAUUAAUAUGCGGUGGUCUUUUUUCAACUGAUCCAUUGUCAAAUUGGUUCUCAGCUGUUUUAUUAUCACACGCUUUAAUAGACAAUUCAAUGCAAAAGGAGCAAUUAUUAAAAGUUCUUUUAGCGACAAAUAUUGGAAAACCACCAGUUAAAUUAAUGCAACAAUGUGUUAUGCUUCUACAACAGAGUAAUAAAAUACAAUCAAAAUUGGGACUUUUAAUUUUAUUAUGCACAUGGACAUCAUAUAGUGCACCGGCUGUUAAAACAUUUUUAACAAUUGAAAAUUCAAUUGCCUAUCUUACUGCAUUAUUAUCAUCGCAAGAAAAUAAUGAUGAUUUACAAGAGUGUCUUUUGCAAAAUAUGUGCGCUUUUCUUAUUGGUAUUUGCGUUCAUUUUAAUGAUGACAGCGUUCCAAAUUACACCAAGGAAAAACUUUGCAGUUUAGUGGAAAAUAGAAUAGGAUUGGAAAAAUUUCAAAAUGCAAUUGGAGGAAUAUCAAGACACGAAGUCUAUUCAAGAAGUUUAAAACAUCCCCAAUCGUCGGCGAAAAAUUCUUCUGAACUUUAUUUAGAUCAUGAAUUUUGUAGAUUACUUAAAAACUUGGAAGCUAACGUCUUAAAAUCUGUUCUCGAUGGAAGUAAUUCACAUGGUUCUUUAGAUCAAAUUUCAACAAUUUCACCAUCAGAUUCAGCAUUAGUUUCACAAUAUAAAGAUUUAAUAAGAGAACAAGAUAGUCAAAUUCAAAAUCUUAAUAAAACAAAUGAAAUUCUAUUAAAAGGAAAACAUGAACUAGAGAUUCAAGUACAGGAACUUGAAAUGCAAAUGAGUCAUUUGAAAGAUCAAAAUUUAGUUUUACGUGCAGCACAAACUAAUUUUUCAAAUGGAAAAGAAACUAAUGUUUCUUCUAAUCACAUUGAGACAGAGAAUGAAGAAUUGGAAAAAUAUAAAGCACAAAUAAAAGAAUUAGAAAAUCGAUUAUCAGAAUUCACAUUGAAAAUAAAUCAAGAUGAAUGUAAAAAUAAUGAUUCUAAUCAAAUUAAACUUGAAGAAAUAAUUAAACAAAGAACAGCGGAUCUUGAGAAAUUAAGAAAAGAUCAAGAAGAUUUAUUGGAACUUCUUUCGGAUCAAGAUAAUAAAAUUACAUUGUAUAAAGAAAGACUUUUAUCAUUGGGUGAAAAGGUUGAUUCUGAUGAAAGUUCUGGCGAUUUAGAUACUGACGAUCAACCAGAAUCGAGUAAUUAAUUUUAAUAAAAAGAAACUAAAUUCUUCAAAUUAAUUAAUAUUCGAUGUCAACCAAAAAGAAAAUUUUUAUCCUUUUUUCUAUUAUUCCAAGUUGAAAGUUGUUAAUUUUCUUUUCUUUUUUUGAAAAUAGUGUAUAUUAUAUUUAUAAAAUAAAAAUACAAUUUAUAUAAUUUAAAAAAUGAAUAA